AUGCCACGUGAAGCCGCCAGCGGUCUGUGGCGGUCGGAGGACAUGACGAUGCUGCAGCUCACCAUGCAACGGGAGACGGCGCAUGACUCGGUGUUGAAGCUCGGACAGCUCGCGGCGUUUCAGUUUAUUGAUUUGAACGGCGAUGUAAACGCAUUUCAACGUGACUUUGUGCAAGAGGUACGUCGCUGCGAUGACAUGGAGCGGAAAAUGCGUUAUUUACAUGAAGAGAUUGAGAAGGCAGGUGUGACAAGCGUUCCCGGACAGGUGGGAGAGAGAGAGACGAUGUUCUCUCUGGAGCAAAAGGUGGAUGAGCGGGAAGCUGAGGUGCGGGAGUUGAACGAGCAGUACCAGUCUCUUAUUGAGGAGCGCAACCGAUCACGUGAACAUUUGGAGGUUCUUAACCGCGAUUUUAGUGCCUCCUCCACACACAGCCAGGGCCUCAAUUUGAUUACGGGCGUCAUUCCCAAGGAACGCGUGCCAAUAUUGGAGCGACUUGUGUACCGCGCCACUCGUGGGAACUCUGUGAUGCAAACCGACGAUAUCGCAACGCCCUUUUACAAUGUUGCAACGAACCAGCCCAUUUAUAAAUGUGUCUUUGGAAUUUACUUUCCAGUGCCACGCCUGCGGGAGAGUCUUGGGAAGAUUAGCGAGGCUAAUGGUGCCACACUCUACGCGUAUGCGGAGAACGAGGAACAGCUUCAAGGCAUGAGGGAAUCCCUUCAAGUUCAAGUGGAGACUGUAACGCACACACUUCAGCAGUCUGCGCUGCGCCAACGGCAAUUGCUAAUGGGGAUCUCUGCUAGCGUGUAUGAAUGGCGCCGCGCCGUCGCCGUCGAGAAGGCGGUUUACUCCACGAUGAACAUGUUGCGAUUCAGUGGCGCGACAGUUGUGGCGAAGGGCUGGGCCCCGGUACGUUCUCUAGACGACAUAAGGACCGCGUUGCAGGAGGCGGAGUACUUAAGUGGUGCUCAGGUACUGACCAUUGUGGAGGGCGUCACGACAAAGGAGACACCGCCUACAUACUUUCGAACGAAUAAGAUUACAAGCUCCUUUCAGGGCAUUGUGGACAGCUACGGCAUGGCGCGCUACAAGGAGGUGAAUCCGGGCGUUUUUACAAUCAUCACUUUCCCCUAUCUUUUUGGUGUGAUGUACGGUGAUAUUGGCCACGGUCUUAUUUUGACCAUCUUUUCGGCAUUUCUUAUUUUUAUGGAAAAGAGCUGGGAGGGAAAGCCGUUGAAUGAAAUCUUUGCCAUGAUUUUUGGUGGCAGGUAUCUGCUCUUGUUUAUGGGCUUUUUUGCAGUUUAUUUGGGGUUUCUUUACAACGACAUGUUUGGAUUCUCUGUGGAGGUCUUUACGUCGGGGUACCGCUGGCCUCAGCUGCCACCGAACGGACCAGACGGGGUCGUGCGUCCAUCGCUGCCCGUUGGUGUGACUCCUGCGCAUAGUGUCAUCUUUGGUGUUGACUCCGCGUGGGCUGAAACGGAGAACAAACUGGAGUUUUACAACUCCAUCAAGAUGAAGUGUUCUGUUAUCAUUGGGGUUGUGCAGAUGAUGGUGGGGGUGAUUCUUUCUCUCAUGAAUCAUCUUUACUUUGGUGACAAGCUCCAGGUGUGGUUUCGUUUCGUUCCAGAAAUUGUUUUUCUCUCUUGUACUUUUGGUUACAUGUGUCUUCUUAUCGUCAUCAAGUGGUGCACGCCGUGGGAAAAUCGUACGCAUGACGCACCGUCUUUACUGGAGACCAUGACGAAUUUUUUUCUGCAGCCAGGAACUGUUAAUCUCCCUCUUUACAGGGGGCAGGCGGUGAUUCAGGUGUUGCUGCUUCUCAUUGCAUUUGCGAUGGUACCUGUCCUUUUGUUUGUUAUUCCUUUUAUGGAAAAGAAACACCACGAUGAGGCGAUGAAACGAAAGGCGCUUUUGCAUGAAGAAGACGAGGAAGAAAAGGAUGAGUUUGACUUUAGUGAGGUUAUGAUUCAUCAGGUUAUUCACACCAUUGAGUACGUUCUGGGUUGCGUUUCCAACACGGCGUCCUAUUUGCGUCUCUGGGCACUUUCCCUCGCCCACUCGCAGCUGUCCGAAGUGUUUUGGAACUUUGCGUUCCUUAUGACGGUUGGCCUGGACGGCGGGUCGGGCAUUUUUGUCUUUGUUGGCUUUUGUGUGUGGAUGUGUGCAACGCUGGGGGUGCUGCUGGGCAUGGAGUCUCUUUCUGCCUUUUUACACGCCCUCCGUCUGCAUUGGGUGGAGUUCAACAACAAGUUUUACUCCGCAGACGGUUACGCAUUUACCCCCUUUGACGUCGCAGAGGUUCUUAGCAAAAUUAACUGA